AUGAAAUAUUUUCAAAAUGGAAUUAACCAAAUUUGUGCCUAAAUCAUUCGGCCUCUGAGAGCUGAAUAUCAACAAUAUGAUUUGGGUAUUUAUUAGAUUCAAUUGAUCAUUUAGGCCCUAUUUAAGAUUAAACAUACACUAGAAAUGAUUUUGAUUUAGUAAAUCAUUGUCAACAAAGGAUAAAAGUAUCACUAUUUUAAGGUAAUGUUUAAAGUGAUAUUUGUAUCAUUUAUUUACAUUCAGCCAACGGAUGUAGAUUAGAGGCUUUAAGAUAUGUUAAUGAAAUCUUGAAUUAAAAUUAUAUGUUUCUUACUUUUGAUUUUACUGGAAGUGGUAUAUCAGAUGGGGAUCAAGUCACAUAUGGUUAUAGAGAAAUUUAUGAUUUAUAAACUGUCAUCACACAUAUUAGUCAAUAUGCUAAAGCAAUAGUAUUAUGGGGAAGAUCAAUGGGUUCUGUAGUUGCUUUGUUGUAUAUGCAGUAAUUUCAAAAUGUUUUUGUAAAAUGCUUGGUUCUUGAUAGUCCCUUUAUUUGUUUGUAAGAUGUAUUCAAAUUAUCCUAUUUGAGAUUGUAGUGUAGAUGGCUUCCAAAAAAACAAAAAUUCCAAAUUUCAUUUUGAACUCUUUAUCCUCCUAUGUUUCAGAUGAGAUAAAAAAUCAAUGUGGUUUUACUCUGAAUGAGAUUAAUUGGUAAUAAUAUAAGUUAAUAAUAUUACUAGUUUAAAUAAUAUAAAGGUUAUAAAAAUACCAGCAUUUUUUAUUACUUCAACUAUAGAUUCAGUAGUUUCAAAUGAGUAAACAGAGAAAUUAUUUAAUAAUUACUAAGGAAUAAAGUAAAUCUAUUAUACCAAUCAGGAUCACAAUGAAACUAGAGAUUUUGCUUUGGUUGAUAAAGUGAUGUAUUGGUUAAAUCAACAAUUACAAAGUGUUGGUUAAAGAAUCAAAUAAAAAAUAAUAUUUAAAGAUCAUCCAAUUCCAAUAAAAUUAAUUGAUUUAAAUAGUUUCAAUAAUAAGGAGAGAUCAUCAACUUUUGAUGGUAAAAAUAAUAUAAUUUUAGAUAAUAGAAUAAUAUCAAUUUCUCCAAAAUAAAAAAUUACCAAUGUUUAAUAAAGAUUUUAAUAAGUGUUAUAAACAUAGAGAUCAGCCUUUAUUGAAAGGUCUAUUUCAACUAAUAAAAUGAAUAUAUCUGUUGAUGCUUAUGAUACUAACUAAAUUAAGUUAAUGAAUCAAAAUAGAUACAAAUAAUAAAAUUAUUAUAAUUAACAUACUAAUCCUAUCACAUUUUCAAAAGUACCAAAUAAAACUAGAGAUUCAAGUCAUCAUAAAUAUUGA